CACAGGUCUCAUUCUCCUGGCGGGACGGUAUGAGGUGCCGCAGCAAGAACUAAGCGCACGCCGAAGCAGCGCGUGGCUCUGGCUUUCCCUGGGGGCUGCCGCGCGCGCCUCCCGUCUCACAUUUCUCUGUCUCCUUGGAAAGAGCUUUUGCAAGGCGGCUGGCUACUUGUGGAAAAGUCCAACAGAAGAGAGGGAGGAGAGCUGGAAGGGGGAAGUGGGGGAGAGAGAGACGACCCAGGCGCCCUCCGUAUUUUGUUUCUUUCCCUCCCUUUCCUUCCCUCGCCAGCCACUCGCUCUGAGGUGCAGGCAGAGGGCGCUUUAGCCAUGCCCGCCCCCUGCGGUUGCUGCCGCUGCUGCUGCUCGGCUCCACGCGCUGAAAAGGCUCCCGCUCCUCGGCCCCUGCUGUUGCCGCUGCCACUGACAGACACCCGGGGAACCGAGGAGAAAGCUGAGCCGCGCUGUUGCCCCUCGGCAGCGCUGUUCUUCCUUGGCAUAUAGCCCCCCUAGAGGGGCUGGUGGCUGAAGAAGAAGCCUCCCCCUCCCCACCGACUGGCUCAGAAACUCCUUCGACCUCCUUUUGCUCCCGAGGGAGCCCGGUUCGGAUGUCCGGUUUCCUGGUGCUUUCCUUUUUCUUUUUUUCUGUUUUUUGUACCUGACGGACCCCAAGCAACUUGUGGGAGAAGAGAAAACUACCAGCAGAGCAGUGGUGGAGAGGGAGUCGCUGCACCUUUCCUCCAUCCCAGGGAAGUUUCUGCUUAAAGGCUGCCAAGAAGGAGCUGGGCUUGGACGGAGCCUCGCAGCGCUGCCCACACGCUCUCUCCAAGGCUUCCACCACCUCCCCACCACACGUCGCGCCCGCCCGCCGGUCCUGCCGCCCUCUGCACAAUGCACUUGCUGGGAUUAUUCUCUCUGGGUUGCUAUCUGGCUGCUGCUGCUGUGGUGCUACUGGGAGCUCGCGAGCCUGCCACAGCCGCUGCCUAUGAAUCCGGGCAGGGCUAUUAUGAGGAGGAACCCGAUCUGGGGGAGGCAAAGACUCAUGCAAGCAAAGAGCUGGAAGAUCAGUUGCGGUCUGUAUCCAGUGUGGAUGAACUCAUGACAGUUCUUUAUCCAGAAUACUGGAAAAUGUUCAAAUGUCAGUUGAGAAAAGGGGGCUGGCAACACAAUAGGGAACAAUCCAGCUUUGAUGCAAGAUCAGAUGAUUCAAAUCCAAUAAAAUUUGCUGCAGCACAUUAUAAUGCAGAGAUUUUGAAAAGUAUUGAUAAUGAGUGGAGAAAAACUCAAUGCAUGCCACGUGAGGUAUGUGUAGAUGUGGGGAAAGAAUUUGGAGCAACAACAAACACCUUCUUUAAACCUCCAUGUGUGUCCAUCUACAGAUGUGGAGGUUGCUGCAAUAGUGAAGGGCUGCAGUGUAUGAAUAUCAGCACCAGCUACAUCAGCAAAACGUUAUUUGAAAUAACUGUGCCAUUGUCACAUGGUCCCAAACCUGUAACAAUAAGUUUCGCCAAUCAUACAUCCUGCCGCUGCAUGUCCAAACUGGAUGUCUACAGACAAGUUCAUUCCAUCAUCAGACGCUCCUUGCCAGUGACACAAUCUCAGUGUCAUGUGGCAAACAAAACUUGUCCAAAAAAUCAUAUCUGGAAUAAUCACAUUUGCAGAUGUCUGGCGCAGCAAGACUUCAGUUUCUCUUCCUACUUUGGGGAUACUGACACUGCUGAAGGAUACCAUGAUAUCUGUGGACCUAAUAAGGAGCUUGAUGAAGAAACCUGUCAGUGUGUCUGCAGAGGAGGAGUGAGGCCUUCCAGCUGUGGACCCCACAAGGAAUUAGACAGAACAUCAUGCCAGUGUUCAUGUAAAAACAAACUGCUGCCCAGUUCAUGUGGACCCAAUAAGGAUUUUGAUGAAGAAAAAUGUCAAUGUGUAUGUAAAAGAACAUGUCCUAAGCAUCAGCCAUUAAAUCCUGCAAAGUGUAUCUGUGAAUGUGUAGAAUCUCCAAACAAAUGCUUCUUAAAAGGAAAAAGAUUUCAUCACCAGACUUGCAGUUGCUACAGACCACCAUGUACAGUUCGAAUGAAACGCUGUGAGACUGGAUUUUAUUACAGUGAAGAAGUGUGCCGUUGUGUACCUACAUAUUGGAAAAGACCACUUAACAACUAGUAGGAAAUAUAUCAUAAGACAAUUUGGUGUACAUUUUUUCUGUUUGUUUUUAAAAAGACUGCUGACUUUUGGAUUUAUUGUGCACCAGAGACAUUAUGGAACUAUCAGAGACAGACUCAUUUGAGCUCUGACAAAUGUGGAAACACAGGAAAAAAACCUGAGACUCUUCAUAUUAAGAACUCACUAAGGACUUGAUUUUUGCCAAUGACCAAACAGCCUAGAUUUUCUUCUUCGUGAUUUUUUUGUAAAGAUAAUGACUAUAUAAUUUAUUUCCAUUAAAAUAUUGUUCUGCAUUCUUGUUUAUAGCAGUAACAAUUGUUAAAUCGCACUGUGAUCAAUAUUUUUAUAUCAUGCAAAGUAUGUUUAAAAUAAAAUGAAAUUGUAUGAUAUGCUGCUGACAAUAUUCAGUCUAUUAUAUUGUUACCCAAUCUGUGUAGCUGUGAUUCAACAAAAUUAAUGGUUGUUUCUGAAAUCCUAAACUAGAUUUCCUAUCCAGUAAAAAAUAUGUGAUUGUGUGCAUGGAGGAAUACUUGAGACAGAAAUAGUAUUUUGUAGGGAGUAAACCCUCCGCAUAAGGAUGUGCAAAGCCCUUUCAUAGGAACAGAGCAUUAUAAAAACUUUUUUAAAAAGAUAACCCAGACAGUGACAAAAGCAAGAACGAGGGAACAGCUCCCACCCAGCUUUCAAGAAGCAAAAAGGAAACUUUUCAGUCAGUGUGGGGAGAACUCCUGCUCUGGACUACUUAGGCAGUCAAUCUUGAAACUUUCCUCUCACACAGUAACCUAGCAGUCAGAUUUGCUCGCUGUAUAAUUUGUUGCAAACCCACCACUGAACUUUCCAAUAUGGGGAAGAAAGAAUGGUUAGUUCUACUCUUCAUGCUCUACCGCUCAGUUGGGACUAUAUGAACAGCUUGCUGCACAGCCAGCCUCAAAAUUUCAGGAUGGGGUUAGUGAUUCAGCAUGGGGAGCAGUGUUUAAAACUCCCUGUCUGCAAUGUAAUGCUUAGGUUGUGUAGUUGCCCCCACCAAUCCCCCUUCAUUGCUGCUCCCCAGCUAUUGCCACUGUGAGUCUUUGUUCCCCCAUUUUGUAUUUUUCGAAUGCUGUCAGUGCCUCUUAGAUUGCAGUGAAACCACAGCAACUCAGAGUCAAUGGUAUAUGCAAAAUAUAGGCAACUCAUGCAGCUGGAAUUGCCUUGAUCCAUGGAUCCCUUGUGGGCAAAGUCUUUUCAUCCCUCCCCAUUAAAAUUAAAUUGAGACAAUUGCACAUGCAUAAUAUGAUUUAUAUAUGGGGCUGCCCCUUCUGUUCGUCAAAGGGGAAGCCCAUACUUAAAGGAGCUCUGUAUGCAGAUUACAAAGUGGUCUCCAGGACCCACUAAUUAUUUCAUCUUGUAUCCUUGGUGGCUGACAUACCGCACAAUGCACCAUCUGCCUUAGAACUGGGUGUCUGUGCAGUUGUGCAAAAUGCUGGAAUUGUGCAAACACAGUUGCACAAUCAAUUGCCAUUGUUUCCAAAGGCUGCUGAUUAUGCAGGUGUCUCAUGCAAAAGUGCAUAAAUAACUGUACGAACACUCAAUACUAAGGCAAACCUAGCGUUGAGGUAUGUCAGCCAGACUACUCUGGUUGCAGCUCUUUUGAGACAGUUACAUGUAGAAACAAGCCACCUUGAAAACUAGUUUCAAAUAUAAAAAACCUUGUCACAGAUAUGCUUACAGUUCUCUCCUUUUGCAUUUUUAAAAAAGAUUUGGGGGUUCUGUCGUACCCAUUUCUGACCAUCGACCUGUGUCACGGAUGCAUUAAUUAUCUGACUAUUUAUUUUAUAUUGGACUUCUAGACUGUCUUGAUUUCUAGUAAAGAUUUUCAUAUUUGUGCAUA